AUGCCGUUCUCGCAUCAUAGUCAUUCGGGCCAAUUCUGCCCUGGCCAUGCCAAAAAUUCUUUGGAAGAUGUGAUUCAAACUGCCAUCAGCAAGAAGAUGCAAGUCUUCUGUUUGACUGAACAUAUGCCCCGCCAUAAAGAAGAUUUCUACCCCGAGGAAGUCGAAUCUGGCGACACAGAAGAAAGCCAUGUAGAAAAUGAAACCGCUUAUUGGAAGGAAGCAGUCGCUCUCCGCGAGAAAUACGCCUCCCAGAUCAAAAUCAUCAUCGGCUUCGAGAUUGACUGGAUCCGACCCGCCUCUAAAGAUUUAAUUGAACGCUCACUUUCACGGUUUCCCUUUGAAUUCUUCAUUGGCUCGGUUCACCACAUGCACACCGUGCCCAUCGACUAUGACCGGCCUAUGUACGAGGAGGCUCGAGAGAAAGCCGGCGGAACAGAUGAGCGACUAUUCGAGGACUACUUCGACGCACAGCUAGAUAUGUUGGUGCAGCUCAAACCACUCGUUGUGGGACAUUUCGAUUUGAUUCGUCUGAAGAGCGAUGACAUGGAGCGCAGCUUUACUACUUGGCCUGGUGUCUGGAGUAAGAUUCUACGGAACUUGGACUUUAUUGCCUCGUAUGGCGGUAUGCUGGAGCUCAAUUCGGCUGCACUGCGCAAGGGAAUGACUGAACCAUAUCCUAAAGCGGAGAUUUGCAAGGAAUUUGUGGCGCGCAAGGGCCGCUUCUGUUUGUCUGACGACAGCCACGGCGUUGAACAGGUUGCUUUGAACUUCCGCCCUGUGCUUGAUUUCUUGGAUCGCGCUGGUAUCUCAACCCUGCAUUAUCUACAACUGGAAGAGUCGGUGUCAUCUCCUGUGCCCGAUGCUCGGUUCCCUAAGACACAAAUUGUGGAGAUCUCAGUGGAGGACGUGAGAAAGUUGGCAUUUUGGUCGUGA